AUGGUAGAGCGCUCGCUUUGCAUGCGAGAGGCACGGGGUUCGAUCCCCCGCAUCUCCAAGUCGUUUUUCCUCCACACAGUCGUUUUCAGUUUUGCUAUGGGUUCUGUUUUACAACAUCAAACUAUGUUAAUUCCUAGGCUUUCUAGAGUUGGAUUUUGGAUUGCCAAAGAACUAUGCAGAGGGGGUAUACUUGUAUCUCUAGAACAAGAUUUAGACAAGGGCCCUGUGGACAAUACCAGCGUUCUCCGAUUGAAUUACUGCCCGAAACUAGAGCUUUUCAGGGGGGCAUAUUUCAAAAGCAUCAUGAUUUUUCUCACUCAGCUUCCAACAAUGCUUCUGAAGGAGGGGACAAACAUAAAGAAAUUGCUUGUCUUCCUGCAUUGGUGA